AUGCCGCACGGUAUAAACUCGCGGGCAUCAGCUGCAGAAAAGGCUGCCCGGAAGGCCGUCAUCAACGAGAGAAAGCGCGCAAGAAAGGCACGCAACAAACUCAUCAAGACGCUGCCCCAAAUCACAGAGCAUCAUCUCCUGUCUUUCCAGCUCGCCCACUUUGGCGAUGACACGAAGCCGAAUGAGUGGUUUGUGGAUCGUGACCAGGCGCUCAAUUUCGAGCCGGAAUAUGAGCAAGAGGACGAUGGUCUGGGAUACUAUGAUGAUGGCGUCAAGCGCACUCUCACCGAUGAGCAGAUUGCUGUCUUUCGACGCAAGGAAUUGUGGCAGAUGAAGCGAGAUCAGGAGUCGCAGUACCAAGAAGACCUCGAAGGACAGAGCGCCGGUGCGGCAUCGCCGGCUUCAGACGUUUCCAGUCUUGAAGACGAGCUGCUGCAAUAUGCCACUGUGCAGCGUAAGCAGCAAAUACAUGCAUCAGCACCGACUGUACCAAUAGAGCGAAUAGAGCGAAAACCUUCACACAGCGGUCGAAGCGAAACAAAUUCAAUCUCGAGCGACCCAAAGAAGCGCAAGCGGGCCCAAGAAGUGCCGUAUGACCAACGACACAAGCGCCAAUGGGAAGGCUACAUUCACGAUCAUGACCCCAUCGAAGGAUCGGUCACGCACCGCCGCUUGGCACGGGAAAUGGACAACCAGCAGGAAGAGACCGUCGAGCUGGACUAUUGACCAUUGACCGGGAAAGAAGCAUUGAAGUAUUCGUCAAUGCCAGUGCUCAUGAGUCGAUUGGCAAGGCAAUCAGUAUAUGACCGACGUGGAGUGACCGGCGAUUUCUAGGGCACGCAACGAGAUAAUAUCGUGCUGAUGCACUGCUAGCUAGAAUCGAAAGAAUGGCGCUGCUUUGAAGAAAUUUAUUCGUGGUUGUCGUCGCUGGCUACCAGAAGGACAGACUGACUUUGGCACUGAGUGGAUGAGUCCUAGUGGCCGCCGACACUGGACUCGACGUACUUCCAGUACGUCUUCGCAGAACCUCGCCGCAGAUCUUUGCCUUUCCAAACCAACAAGACAAACGUACCCAUACAAAUCAGUGCCAGAAACCCAGCGAGUAUGAAGCAGUUCUGAAGGCCCAUGUCUGAUGGCAGAAGUCAGCAUAUCUUUCAGACCGGAUCGGAUACAUGAUGAACUUACUGGUAUACCAUGGAGUAAUUGCGUAGCU